AUGCAGACUCCUGUGGACCACUUGCUCAGUGUGCAGUUAGCGGAGGCUGUAUUUGUGUUCGUGGACAUAGAUGAGUGCCAGAGGAUUAAGGGACCUUGUGUCCCUCACUCCAGGUGUAUCAACAGCAUUGGGUCAUACUUCUGUCUGUGUGUGGCUGGAUUCAGGGCAACAGAUCCAGCAUUACAUCCUGGAUGGUCCAACCCAUGUGAAGAUAUUGAUGAAUGUCUCAGCUCUGUCUGUGGCCCUGACUCUGAUUGCACCAACACACUUGGCGCGUAUAUCUGCGCAUGUCAGCUGGGCUACACACCAACUCAGCCGAACCAGGAACCCAGCGACACCAACAUCUGUAUUGAUGUUGAUGAGUGUGUCAAAGAUGCGACCAUAUGCGGUCCUGAUGCCAACUGCACAAAUUCAGUCGGAUCUUACAUUUGCACCUGCUUUCCUGGUUAUCGACUGAACAGCACGGACGUGAUAGCCAGCGUCGCUAACCCAUGCACAGACAUAGAUGAGUGCAGUGAGACCCCUGAUUUAUGUGGCAAACAAACCGUGUGCACUAAUGGGGCGGGGACCUUCUACUGUUCUUGUCCUGAUGGAUUCUUCCCUUCAACUGGAAUCGUGUGGACGUUAGGGGUCUCAGUCUGUAAAAGUCUUCCGGUGAUUCUAGAUGAGAUAAAACCCUCAAAGGGCCAGACUAAAGGGAGAGCUUUUCUUGAAAACAUGGACCAGCAACUGAAGGACAAUCCAGGCAUCGUCUUAUCAGAACUGACUGUGGCAAACUGCCUCUCCGCAUCUAUGGAAGUGUCAGGUGUUGGACCACGCGCCAGUCCAAACAAGUUGACUAGUGAUGGUGAUGCAGAGACUGGCAGUGUGAUCCUGGGCAAUUUAGACCGUUUAGUGUCUGCAAUGGUGCAGCCAGGUCUGAACCAAGGCAAGAAAACCGUGAGGAAUCCUACAGUGGAUUUAAGUCUUGAAACUAUUGGGCCUGGAAGCCACGAUGCAGGGAGCUCUUCUCUGUUAGCCAAUGGAAACAUCAUGGACAUUAACCUGCAAAGUCUGGCCAAAAAUAACAAUGGUUCUGCAGCAGCUGCCUUUUUGACACUAAAUGGGAUGGAGAGCAUUCUUAGCCAUCAAUACUUUAAAACAGUAAACAUGACAGAGAUGUACUCGGAUGUUUUCACUGCAAUCUUACCCUCAAUGACCAACACCAACCUCACCGAGCCUGUCAACUUUACAGUCCAGCAUAAGAAGACAGUACCAGAAUCUGGUUUUGUGAACUGUGUGUACUGGGAGGACAAAACAGAGACAGAGACAGGAAUGAGAACAGAAAGGACCAAGACCAUGCGUUGGUCAGUAGAGGGCUGCUGGGUCGCAUACACCAAUGAAAACUACACAGUGUGCAGCUGCUCUCACCUCUCCACAUUUGCCGUCAUCAUGCAGACAGGAGAGCCUCCCCCAGAGGACCCCUUCCUCGAGUGGCUCAACCGAAUGUGCGUGAUUGUCGGGCUGUUCUUCUUUGCUCUGGCCAUCUUCACCUUCCUCCUGUGUAGCUGGAACCCCAAGAUCAACAACACAGCCCGUCUUCACCUGUGCCUCAACCUCGCCUUAUCUCACCUGCUGCUGCUGUGGAAUGACAGAUAUAUUGCACAUGAGCUGUCCUGCACCGUCAUGGCAGGCCUUCUCCACUUCUUAGUUGUUGCAAGUUUUGUGUGGAUGCUGCUGGAGGCGCUACAGCUCCACCUGCUGGUCCGGAGGCUCUCCAAGGUGCAGGUGAUCCAGAAAGAUGGCCUCCCCAGGCCAUUUCUCUACCUGAUUGGCUAUGGUGUUCCUUUUGUGAUUGUGGGUAUUUCUGCACUGGUGUAUUCUGAUGGAUACGGUGCUACUGAGGCCGGGCUGCUGGCUCUCAACACAGCGCAGUUUCAACUGGGCUUUGACCGGUCCUGUGAUUGUUAUCCUCGGUUGAUUGUGUUCAAGAUCGUGGCCCAGUUUGUCAUACUGGGCUGUACCUGGAUUCUGGGCCUGUACCAGACGAGUCUAUUCUUCCAGGUCCUGUUUAUAUUUCUGAACUCCCAGCAGGGCACUUUCCUCUUCAUCGUCCACUGUCUGCUCAACAAGGAGGUAGACUCUGACCCCGCUCUCUGA